AUGGAGCACCACGGAAAGCAAGCGGAAGGAAAGGGUUGGAAGGCGGUUCACACAUUGAACAACAAGGGAGCUUUCUGUCAGGACAAUUGGAGUCAGCUACACACUGCUGUGAAGAGUGGGUUCGUGAAAUCCAGAGAGAAGUAUUACAAUGAGGUCGAAUCUCUGUUUUCUCCAUCGGCCAAGACAACAGAGAAGAAACCGCGUCCGAUUCUUGGAGGAAAGAAGAAGGUACUCAAGACAGAGACUGUAAGACAGGACAGUCGGAGGAGCGACUUCAUCGAACACAAGAUAGACGAGGACGAGGACGAGGACGAGGACGGGGACUUCAACAGCUUGAUCGACUUCGACUUUGAACCCUCCAAGAAGGAGGUGGAGCAAAACAAGGAGGGGGAAGAGAUUGAGAUGGCAGGAGCCGUCGAUGAGUUGCCGGCCGUCCCGUCCUAUGAGGACAGGUUGAUCAACAGCUCCAUGCUGCGGAGCGAGUCUCGCAAGCCUCCUCCUCCUCCUCUCCAACUCGACCAGGACCUGAGCGAUAGCAGGCCUGGGGAAAAUGAAGAGGAGGCAGCAACUCCUCUUCCUCUCAAGGCCUCUCCACUGGCGUUGUCUCCACCUGCUCCUCCCCCAGCUCCCUCCCCAGCUCCCUCUCCUCCACCACCUCCUCCUCGUGAGCGCGCUGUCACAGAAACAAGAAGAAAGUCUCUUUGCGAUCGUCGACCUUCAGCUGAAGACAGCAGAGUGUCACAUGGCGAGUGCCCUCCACCCUGGAUCCAACGACAGGUGAGGGGAGAAAGUGAGGCAGGGGAAGGAGCAGGAGCAGGAGCAGGAGCAGGAGCAGGAGCAGAUGCAGAUGCAGGAGCAGGAGCAGGAGCAGGAGCGGGAGCGGGAGCGGGAGCAGGAGCAGAUGCAGGAGCGGGAGCGGGAGCAGGAGCAGGACUGGCCCGAGGUGUAGAACAGAGCAAGAGCAGCAGAAAAAGCAGUGGCAGGAGGGCCAAGAGGAGGAAUAGGCAAGGGGAGCUGGAGGAGAAGAAGACAGGAAUUGGGAAGGAGCAGGAGGAGCGGGCGCGGGAGCGGGAGCGGGAGCGGGAGCGGGAGAAGCUCAUCAAGAAGUUACAAGACAAGUCCAUCAAGAGGCUACUAAGACAUGUGUCGCUGCUAACGAUGGGAGAGAACGGGAGAUUUUGUGAGUUCGACGUCAACGCCGACAUGUUUCGGAUCUUUGAGCUCAAGGAUGAUCGGUUGAGAGAAGCACUGCUGUGGGAGCUCCACUCGGUUGUCCUCCAUUCAUACCUCCUUGCAUGUGAAAGUCUCUUGUCUUGGCUUUUUCUCUUUGUCGUUGCGCCUUGA